AUGCCUCCCAAGAAGAAGGUAGAGCGUGCUGCCACCGAGAACAUUUCUCUUGGUCCCCAAGUCCGCGAAGGCGAACUUGUCUUCGGUGUCGCCCGUAUCUUCGCAUCCUUCAACGAUACGUUCGUCCAUGUCACCGAUCUCAGUGGCCGUGAAACAAUUAGCAGAGUCACAGGCGGGAUGAAGGUGAAAGCUGAUCGUGACGAGUCUUCGCCCUACGCUGCCAUGUUGGCUGCGCAGGAUGUAGCUACCAGGUGCAAAGAAUUGGGCAUCAAUGCGUUGCAUAUCAAGAUUAGGGCCACUGGAGGCAACGGAACCAAAACCCCCGGCCCAGGUGCUCAGUCUGCUCUUCGUGCACUUGCUCGUUCAGGAAUGAAGAUUGGAAGGAUUGAGGAUGUGACGCCAACGCCUUCGGACUCUACACGUCGUAAGGGCGGUAGGAGAGGUCGUCGUCUAUGA